CCUUGACGUCGUCGCGCCCGCGCCGACCGGUUUGAGUCCUUUGGCUUCCGCGGGAUCCUGGUGGUGGGUUAGCUGCUUUACGUCCCGGUUUUGUGCCGUUGGCCGUCUUCUCUCCAGACUCCCUGGGCCUUGCCUCCGACUUCACUAUGUACCACAACAGUAGCCAGAAGCGGCACUGGACCUUUGCUAGUGAGGAGCAGCUGGCGCGAUUGCGGGCCGACGCCAACCGCAAAUUCAAAUGCAAAGCUGUGGCGAACGGGAAGGUUCUUCCAAAUGACCCAGUCUUUCUUGAGCCUGCUGAAGAAAUGACGCUCUGCAAGUAUUAUGAGAAAAGAUUAUUGGAAUUCUGUUCAGUGUUUAAGCCAGCAAUGCCAAGGUCUGUUGUGGGUACAGCUUGUAUGUAUUUCAAGCGCUUUUAUCUUAAUAACUCAGUAAUGGAAUAUCACCCCCGGAUAAUAAUGCUCACUUGUGCAUUUUUGGCCUGCAAAGUGGAUGAAUUCAAUGUGUCUAGUCCACAGUUUGUUGGAAAUCUGCGGGAGAGUCCUCUUGGACAAGAGAAGGCGCUCGAACAGAUUUUGGAAUAUGAACUACUUCUUAUACAGCAACUUAAUUUCCACCUUAUUGUCCACAAUCCUUAUAGACCCUUUGAGGGCUUUCUCAUUGAUUUAAAGACUCGCUAUCCCAUGUUGGAGAAUCCAGAGAUUUUGAGGAAAACAGCUGAUGACUUUCUUAAUAGAGUUGCACUGACGGAUGCUCACCUUUUAUACACACCUUCCCAGAUUGCUCUGACUGCCAUUUUAUCUAGUGCAUCCAGAGCAGGAAUUACUAUGGAAAGUUAUUUAUCAGAAAGUCUGAUGCUAAAAGAGAACAGAACUUGCUUGUCACAGUUACUAGAUAUAAUGAAAAGCAUGAGGAACUUGGUAAAAAAAUAUGAACCACCCAGACCUGAAGAAGUCACUGUUCUGAAACAGAAGUUGGAGAGAUGUCACUCUGCUGAGCUUGCACUUAACAUAAUUACGAAAAAGAGGAAAGGUUAUGAAGACGAUGAUUAUGUCUCAAAGAAAUCCAAACAUGAGGAGGUAUGUUCUCCAAAGGAAGAAUGGACUGAUGAUGACCUGGUAGAUUCCCUCUAACCAUCUGAAAUGGAUUUGUCCAUGCUAACUAAUCAACAGAAGAAUGAAGCAUAUCUGGCAUUUAACUUUAAAAAUGAAGUCACUAAAGUUUGAAGUUUGGCGUCAGAGCAUGGUCCACAUUUAUCUCUGAAAAUUUUCCUACCCAGCCCCUUUAAAAAAGUUUAGAGGUUUCAUUUCAUCAUUGACCAGCUAAGUUACUCCAAGGCCUACAAAGCAAUAGGAGAUGGGGAAUCUAUAAGAGAAUUGGGCACAGCUAAUGACACCAACUCCAAAGGUACUUACUUCCAAGCAAACCAUUAUAAAUUUAGCACUUUAAUAUUUCUUUACUGUUAAAAUACUGACAAUCUUCCAUUCAGAAAUCAAUGUUUUUUGGAAAAAGUAUGACCUGUAUAAUUCAAAAGAGCUUGAUUUUAAGGGGGAAAAACUGAAUACACUUUAUCAGUGCUUUUAGUUUGUGAAAAGGGUACUACAGGAUAUUUCAAAAUACUUCAAAGCUUUUAUCUUAUUGCUAAAAAGACUUGUUACUCCACAUACCCUUCAGGACAAUUCCCAAAGCUAAUUUCAACCCAUCCAAGGUUAGCAAUUUGCAGUAUGAGCAAUUCCUUGCUCCCAGCCUCCACUGACUCAAAUAAUUCACUUUAAAGCUCAAUAACAAAGAUAAAGUCUGGGAUCUCUGCUUUAUUUUGAGGAGAAAAACA